CUACUGUUUUUUAAAGCAUUCCCUCAUGACCCUUAUUAAGGUCAACGGUGAGCCCUAACCUCUCCUAGCUGACUGUGAGUGUACAGUCAGGUCCAUCAAUAUGGGACAUCGACAAUUCUUUUUUUGUGCUCCAAACACCAUGACAUUGGAUUUGAAAUGAAACAAACUAUGUGAUUUAACUAGAGACUUUGAGCUUUAAUUUGAGGGUGAUUACAUCCAAAUGAGGUGAAUGGCAGAUGUAGGAUGUAUAGACGUUUGUUUAUAUGACUCACAUUUCUUAAUGGACCACUUGUAAUGGUAUAAAUUAACUAACUUAAAUCAAAUUUUCACUUUUUAAUACAUGGGUGCAAAGCCUCUUCAGUCAACAACAUCCUAAAAUGUCGAACAUAGACGCCACCAAAGAAUGGAUUUCAUCCCUGGUGGUGUUCUGCCAGGCAUCUACCGCAACUGUCUUCAUGUUCUUAGGGCACCUGCCCUUCAGCGCUUUCUGCAACAAGUGAACUACAUGCUCAAUUGGAUUCAGGUGAAAAAGUCAGUGUGUGUGCUCAUGCAACACGGAACUUGCAUGUUCAGCCAGGGCCGCAAAGGACGAGGCAGCCCUACCGAGUAUCACACCAGCUGCAGUCUCAUUCUGAAGAUCCUCCGUUACCCGCGCUACAUCUACACCGCCAAGACGCUGUAUGGCGACAGUGGGGAGCUCAUCAUAGAGGAAUUGCUGCAGAGAGGUCACGUGACCAUGAGCAACAUUGUUAAAGUAGUCGCGGAUCGCCUCACUCAGACCAUGGAGGAGGGCCGCAGCAUGGAUUAUAAGGAUGUGUCAUCUGCCUUUUCCAAUCUUGUGGAGACUCAUUUUGUACAACGCUGCCCCCCGAUGGCAAGUGCUGCAACCAAAGCCAAUGAAGCUACACCCGAAGCUCCUGUUAGCAUCGAGCUGCCGGCUCCAGAGAGUUUCCCUGACUGCUACAAAGUGCCACAAGUGACUCUUCUCGGACGUGGUAAGCGGCAGCUUGAGGAUCCGGAGGAGCAAAGCGUUGCAAAGAAGCCCAAAAUGGAGUCGGUGGCUCAUGGCGAUGAGGGCAUUUACUGGCAGGUGAACUUUGACAGAUUCCAUCUCCACUUCCGAGACCAAGCUAUCAUCAGCGCUGUGGCCAACAAGCUUGACCAGACCAGCAGUGAGAUUGUCCGAACCAUGCUGAGGAUGAGCGAGGUGACCACUUCGCCCACGGCCGCCUACACAAAGCCCCUCUCUGCCAAUGAGAUCUUCAGAUCCCUGCCAGCCACCUACAACAUUCCCAGACAAAUGUUAGACCAGUACCUCUCUCUGCUGGUGGAUGACCCGAUGGACUUUGUGGGCAAAGCUGGUGAGAGUGGAGGCGGGAUGUAUGUUGUCAAUUUGCAUCGAGCACUUACCAAUCUUGCACGAGCCACGCUAGAGUCUGUAGUGCAGGAGAGAUUUGGAUCCCGCUCGGCGCGCAUCUUCCGCCUUUUGCUAAAGAAGAAACACCUAGAACAGAAGCAGGUGGAGGAUUUUGCCAUGAUUCCUGCUAAGGAGGCUAAAGACAUGCUAUACACGCUUCUCUCGCAGAACCUGGUCCAGCUGCAGGAAAUCCCAAAGACUCCAGACUUUGCUCCGUCUCGCACCUUUUAUCUAUACACUGUCAACCAGCUCUCUACUGCGAGGAUGCUGCUUCAGAACUGUUACAAGACAGUGGCAAACCUUAUACACAGGCGUCUAUUUGAGACAUCAAACAGCAAGCGUCUUCUGGAGAAGUCUCAGCGCAUAGAGGCCAUCCUGGCGUCCCUGCAGGCCGGUGGGGCGGAGCCAGAGCAGCUGACGGAGGUGGAGGAGAUGAUCACAGCUCCUGAAAAGCAACAGCUGGAGUCUCUGCGGCUUCAUAUUAACAAGUUGGAUUCAGCGGAGAACCAAGUGGAUGAAACCAUAUUUCUGCUUGAAUCUUACAUCCACGCCACCGCCACUUCCUCAAGUUGAUUAAGACCUUAUAGUCCUUACAAAUGAUUUCAAUAAUACCAAUAAUGGUUGUUUUAUAGUUUAUUUGAGUAUAUAUAUAUAUUUUUUGUCCAAUUUGCCAGUGUAUCCAAUGUUUUGUCCAAUAAAAAGUGUUCCUCUUUAAAAUUCA